AUGACAGCAGUAGGUACAGUUUCGAGGAGCUCAAGCAACACAUCAUCCGAGAAAGCCCAAGGCUACCCCAUGCUGGCAGCUCAGAUAGAGCAACGACCCGAGAUGGCUAUAUUUCGUCGGUUUGGAGGACUAAACGCUGAGAACCUUCUCUAUCUCCAAGCCGAACUUGUCUUGCUUGAAGAAGAACUACAGAAACAACAGAUGGAAGACAGCAACAGCAACAUCGAACCUAAAACAAAGUAUGCUCGAAACUGGUACCAUCUACGCAGUUCCCAGAAUAAUGGCGACUCGAGGCAGCUGGACCUGGUACACACAAUCAGGGAGACGCUAUGGCAAUACAAUCAGGCGCUCAUACAACAGUCUCGAGUGCUUUCAUAUCCGGAGCCAGAUCGAUACGAUCUCAAGUACAUGCAGAGGUUUCUGCAUAGCAAGCAUCACAUGGAUCUCUGUCUCCUCGGUCCUGACGCCACAAUAUGGGGUUCUCUGUCCGAACCACACGCGCACAGCCCCGAUCUCGCAAGCCUACGUCCUCGGAAGAAAGAAGACCCCUUCUCCAACUGGGUGGUGGACAAUGCAAUCACGAAGCUGGUUCGUUGCGGCUGCGCUUGCUUUUUGAAAUCAUCGCGAGCGGAUAUGCGCGGAAUCAUCGGGUAUGAAGAUGAAAAGGUUAUGCAGAUCACUUAUUGGAUGACGAGCGUGAUUGCAUCUCUACUCCCAAUAGGCUCGAUCGUCAUCUUGUAUAAGGUCCAGUCUAUGGCUGCCAGACUGGGUAUCAUCGCGGCUUUCAACGUCCUAGUGUCUCUUUGUUUAAGCGUUUUCACGAAUGCCAAACGAGCGGAGGUCUUCGCAGUAACUGCAGCGUGA